AUGAAGACCGGGUUCGUGCUCGUCAUCGGGCUGGUCGCGACCAUUUGGUCAGGAACUCCGGACGACACAGUUGGCCUCACCUCACUGUAUGAGGGAGAUUCCAAGCACGGGGCCAACAUGCAGGGAAGUCUCUUGUUCCAGGCUUUCCACCGGAAAGUCAUGGACACCGGCGUGGAAACUAAAAACAGCAUUGUCUACUCUGCCUGUGUAUGGCUGUUGUGUGCCCUACACCAGACACGGUUUUGGAGGAUCCGCACCGUGUACAAGCUUGUUGGGCACACACACAGCCACUGUGACAGGGUCUUCAGUCGCAUCAAGGCGUCGCUGAUGGGAAAGAGUUACAUCAGCGAAGAUGACAUGAAACAAAUCAUUGUGUCCACCCUUAAGUCCUACAAAAUGGAGUGGGACCACCUGCACGCCUCCCUGGACUUUGAAGCCUUGAAAACUUUGCUGGGAUUGGACAUUCACCACCUGAGAAAUGUUCACGAUCUGGAAAUUUUCCGCACCACGGGCGGGGUCUUUGUGCGCUGGAAGCAAUAUAUCAGUGAUGAACUGUGGAGCCGUCCCCGACUGGUGGUGGCGCCGGAGAACAUUGCGACGGUGGCACAAGCCAGGCCGCCCCAUGUGAAGCACAAGUUCACGGAUGAAGCGAAGGCAAAGUUCAGUGACUUUUUGUCUAAACUUGAAAUCCAGCUGGGCUCGAUGAACCUUUUGGAUGAUCAUGUGCGAGCUGGCAUGGCUUGGCUGAAGCAGGUGACCCAGUUUGACACUGACUUCACAAUGCCAGUUGACAGGAUGUUGGGUGACAUCAUGCAUGGCGGAGCACCACGUGGAUGUCGCUUGGAGUCUUCCGCGAUUGUCCCUGAUGACAUGCUCCUUCUCAACUGUCCAGGACCUUGUAGUUUGGUGCAGCUUGGCACCGUGGGAGAUUCUGACCCAGCCAUGGAUGCUUCGUGUUGUGUUGGUGAUUUCGUCAUCACCUUGAAUGACUCGAAGGCGCUCCCCUUUGUCAUGGGCCAGGUGGUGGAUGUCGAUGGUGACUCGGGAAUAGUUCAGUGGUGGCACCCGGGAAAAUCAAAAGAAGCCAACCUCAAAGCUGGUAGAAAGAAGGCGAUCCUGGAUUUGUUUGGUGGAUGGCAGCCCACAACUGACAUUCCUGUUGGCGAACUCGAGCCCUUGCCGCCAUCGGUGGUGAGUCCUGCACGAAUCAGGAUUUGGGGGUUCACCUUGGACUCGGGGGACCAAAUUCCAUUCUCCAUCCUGGAUAAAGUCCAGGGAGAGCUGGAUAUAGACCUGACUGGAUUGAAAAUGUCCAGCACACAGCGGGGAGCCUUGUACCGAAUGCCAAAGAAGAAAGAUGAGUCCCCUGAUCAGCGAGACUUCAAGAAAGAAGUCAAGAAAUUUGUAAAAAACUUGAUGGAGGAAUCGGACCCCAAAGCUUUAUCGCUCCAAGAUGUGAGGGAAGCUGUCAAAAAAGAGUUGUUGAAGGGAGAAGAACCCAAAAAUGUGGCAAUGUUCAAUGCCAUUGUAGAUUCCACCGUUUCACAUUUUGACCGCAAGGAUAGAGAGGCGGCCAGUACUUCGAAACCGAAAGGCCGCCCCACCGGCUCGACCGGCUCGACCGGCUUGGCCACGGAGUUGACCUUGCGACACGAUGCGUUUCUGCUGGAACUGGGUCUCCCCCACGUCGCCGGCACCAGGCAAAGGAAAGGGAUGGAAGCAAGUUCCAGCGCAGGUCGUUCAAAUCAGCCAGUUGUGUAUGACAAGCAGAUGCACAAAUCAGUGCUGCUGGAUGCUGCUGGUAUCCUGGAUGCUGCUGGUAUCCUGGAUGCCUAUGGGAGGCAGUUCCACAGGGAGAUCCUGCGGGACCACUCAUGGCCUCUUAGCUCCGGCCUGAGAUACAUCCGUAGGAACCUCAUGUUGCUGGCGCUGCUAGCUACAUGGAUGAUAGGUACUCAGUACAGGCUUCUGGCUACGCUCUGGCUUUCAGCUGAAAAAUAUGCAUUUUACUCUCGAUACUUUGCCAUCAGCAAGGUCACAUAUGGCUGGCUUGGUCGCUCUCCAACUAGCGGGCUGUGCACGAAGCUUUGGAAUGCUUUGAAGGCAGGUCAAAGGGUGACCUUCAUGGCAAACAAGUGGGUCCGGGCUAUGGUCCAUGGAGGACUCAACCACCUCGAUGUCCUUGCGGCUGCAAACCUUCUUCGUGUAUGGCAUCUGGACCAAGGGUCAAGCUACAUGGAAUUCCAUUGGUGGUACGCCUGUGGCGACGCGGAGAAAAUGGAUGUGUGA